UAAAGCCAAGGAGGAAAAGAUCAGCGACGACAAGGGAAGACAACUGGGAGGAGGGGAGUCCCGAACUUGGGCGCUUGGAGGGUGUCAGAAGCGACGACCUCCCAGGUCAGACCUUUGCCCCAUUUCAGCAAUCCCCCCGUUCCUGGCCAGCCAAACCCUCAUGGAUUUCAGCCAUAGAAUCUGAUGCAGCUUACCUUUCCCAAUGCCUCCCUCGCCCCUGGAAGAACGGAUCGGCGUGUUGCAGAGACCCAAGACGUUGGCCUUGCGCCUCAACCACAGCUUCUCCCACAACAGUGGCGGCGAAAAGCAGACACAGCCGUCUCCGGUCUGCAAGCCGUCAGGCCCGGCCCUGCCUGGUCCGAAGGGGCCCUGCGAAGAGGCCCGCAAGAGCAUCCUCCAACCCAAUCAUUCUCACCCCGUUGACAUCAAGUUGACGGUGGGGGGGACGCAAGGCUGGGCGCCAGAGAAGAACCCCUCCCUGCAGCCGGAUCUGAAGCUGGGUGAGAAGAAAGGGGUGCUGGGUCCCCCGCUGAAGGUCUUUUUGCCCCAAUCCAAGCUGAAGAAACGGUGCUUCAAGGAGAACUCCAAGCCGGUUCUGGACACAUCCGCCAGCUCCUCCUGCCUUUCCAGCCCUGCCAGCACCAUGCACCCCUUGAAAUGCGGCUGCCGGGGCUGCUGGCGGCUGAUGCGCUGUGACGACGGCAACCCCAAAUCUGGCUUGCGCUCUCUGGGCUGCUUCUCUUGCCAUUCCAGCUUGCGUUCCUUGAGCUGCUCCAGCCCCCCAUCGGUCAAAAAACUGGGGUGCCUGCCCUGCGCGCCUGCGGCCUUGCGGUCCCUGGCCUGCCUGGCUUGCAACCCCUCGAUCAAGUCAGUCAGCUCUUCUUGCAGCUUCUGCAGCAGCGAUCCCAUCGUGGCCUAUGACCCCCGGGGGGGUUCUUCUCCGGCCCCCAGCUGCUACGGCGGGGACGAUGAUGACGACUACAGCGUCCGCACCAUCUGGCCAGACGAGCUGGCCAAGAAGAUGACCAAGUCGCGGGCCCAGCAGCCCUCGUCCCCCUUGAUCUUGGACUGCCGUAACCUGAUGGAGUACACCAAGAGCCAGCUGCAGAGUGCCAUGCACUUCGGAGUGGCGGAUGCUGCAGGGCGGCGACGGCUGCACCAGGGCAAGCUGGCCAUGCUGGAUUUCAUUACCUCGCGGGGGGUCGGUGACGGCAGAGACUCCUCCCUGCAGCGCCUCUGGCCCAAGGAGCAGAACGGCUGUGCCGGCACAGAGACGCUUCCUGCCGGCAUCCCCAAACCCUCAAAAACGCAGCCCUCCCCGAAUCUACACCUGGUUCUAGAUCUGCUCAACAAAGAUGGACAGGAAGGGUCAGGCAGGAGAGGCAGCCUGGUUGCGCCGGAGAUCACUGACGGCCCGGAUGAUUUGGGCCCACCACUCACGCCUGACCUGGAGAACGCUGAGCUGAGCCCCAUCCUGCCCUUCCUCUUCCUGGGCAAUGAAAGAGACGCUCAGGACCUGGAACGAAUGCUGAGCCUCAAUGUGGGUCACGUCCUCAACGUCACCACCCACCUGCCCCUGUACCAUGCCGAGAGCGGGCGCCUCCGCUACAAGCGUCUGCCUGCCACCGAUAACAACCGCCAGGAUCUGCGCCAGUACUUCGAGGAGGCCUUUGAAUUCAUCGAGGAGGCUCACCAGAGUGGCAAGGGAGUCCUCAUCCACUGCCAGGCGGGCGUCUCGCGCUCGGCCACCAUCGUCAUCGCCUACCUGAUGAAGCACACACUCAUGACCAUGGGCGAUGCGUACAAGUAUGUGAAGGGCCGGCGCCCCGUCAUUUCCCCCAACCUCAACUUCAUGGGCCAAUUGCUGGAGUUUGAAACGGACCUCAACGCCGGGGUCACGCCCCGUAUCCUCAGGCCCAAGCUGGCCGGGGUGGAGACCGAGGUGUGAGCGCGAUGGGAGGGGGAGCAGCCGCCGUCGAUCUCAGGACUGGGGAAGGUGGGUGGGUUGUGCAAUAAGGGACCGACGGACAGCGCCGCAACGGAUGCCAGGCCAACCAAAGCAAGGCGCAUGGGUUGCGUGGCCAGGGACCUUCACGGCCACCUGACCACAAGCUUUGCAACAUCAAGAUAAUCCUCAAACGCCUUCAGGCAUUCAGGUGGUCAAGCUACUGCAAAAGCUGGAUUUCAUAGGCAAGGCCUGAAACUGGGAGGACUUCUGCGCUGGCGUCGGCUUCUCGAAACUUUCUUACUGGGGCGGUUGGGAUGGGGGAAAGGGUGGGGUUUGUGUGUGCGCGUGUGAUGCUGCUGGGUUUAAUUUAUUGGGGCGGGGAGUGUGUGCCAUUUUGGGGUGCCUUUUCCCCCUCUCCCUUUUGAUCCGAAUGCUGCUUUUAUUUCCUUUUCCACCGUUUUGGAGGCAGAACUGAG